AUGUCGGCGGCGGCGGUGGUGAUGGUGCCCCACCACUCACCGCCUCUUAACAUAUUGCCGCCGUUGUCUUCUUCUUCUGCUGCUCCUGCUCCUGCCCAGGGAUCUCAUCACCUUAGAGCAUCCCCUGCCUUCCAUUUCCUUCUCCAUUCACUCCCUGCAGAAGCAGCAGCAGCAGCAGCAGGAGGAGGGAAAGAAACCCUCAGCCGGCCACCGAAGAUGGACUCCUCCUCCGGCCGACGCCAAUGUGGCGGUGGCGCUGCUCUGUUAUCCCAAUAUCACCACCACCACCUCCUCCUCCUCUUACUCUGUUUCAGUCUCCUCUCAUUAUCAUCAUCAUCAGCAGCAGCAGCAGCAGCCAUGGAGAAGGCGGCAUCGAUACCUCUCCCCGUUCGCACCUCCUUCAAGCUUCCUUCCUCGAUCCCAUCACCAUGGCCGUCCGUGGACGGCGGUUUCGCCUCCGGAGCAAUCGACCUCGGCGGCGGACUCCACGUCUUCCAGACCGCUUCCUUUACCAAAAUCUGGUCCACCCAACAGGGAGGACCCGACAAUCUCGGAGCAUCCUUCUUCGAACCAACCCAGUUGCCUCCCGAUUUCCACAUGCUCGGCACCCACAGCCAGCCCAACGCGAACCCUAACGCCCACGGCUGGAUCCUCGCCGGGAAAGACGCCGCCGGCGACGGAGGAGCAUUGAAGCCGCCGGUCGAUUAUACCCUGGUUUGGACCAGCUCCGACACCGAAAAAAUCAACCAGCAAGGAAUCGCCUAUUUCUGGCUCCCGGUCCCACCCGACGGUUACAGGGCCGUGGGACACGUCAUCACCACGUCUCCUGACAAGCCCCCGCUCGAAAAAGUCCGCUGCGUCAGAUCCGAUCUCACCGACCAAUGCCAGGCCGACGCGUGGCUCUGGGGCCCGGGCCCAGCCGACGCCGGCGAUCCCGAUCUGACCGGGUUCAACGUUUUCAACCUGAGGCCGGGCGACGGAUCCGCUGCCGGCGUCUCCGUCGGCACAUUCAUCGCCCAAUCCUCCGGCCUUCCCGGAGACCACCCCACGCUCGUCGCCUGUCUGAAGAAUCAGAAUUCCGUCGACGGAUCGACUUCUUCGAUGCCGAAUUUAAAGCAAGUGGAAGAACUCUUCAAGAGAUACGCUCCCUGGGUUUCUCUCCAUCCCGACGAGGAAUUCCUCCCGUCUUCCGUCGAUUGGUUUUUCUCAAACGGAUCGCUUCUAUACGAGAAAGGGAAAGAAUCGAACCCGACCCCGAUCGACCCGAUCGGGUCGAACCUCCCGCAGGGCGGUUCAAACGACGGAGCGUACUGGUUGGACCUACCGGUCGACGGGUCGGCGAAAGAGAGAGUGAAGAAAGGACAGCUGGCGGGCGUCCAGGUCUAUUUACACGCGAAGCCAGCUUCGGGAGGCACAUUUACGGAUCUAGCCGUGUGGGUGUUCUACCCGUUCAACGGACCGGGGAGGGCAAAAGUGGAAUUCAUCAAGAGCAUCAAGCUCGGGAAGCUAGGGGAGCACGUGGGGGACUGGGAGCACGUGACCCUGCGGAUCAGCAACUUCAACGGCCUGCUCCAGAGCGUCUACUUCUCGCAGCACAGCAGCGGGUCGUGGGUCGGGUCGGCAGAUCUGGAGUACCGGGGCGGGAGCCGGCCCGUGGCGUACGCUUCGCUCCACGGGCACGCGAUGUAUCCUCGCCCGGGGUUGGUGAUGCUGGGGAGCAAGGACAUCGGGAUUCGGGACGACACGGCGACGGGAGGGAUGGUGGUGGAUACGGCGGCGGGGUUCACGGUGGUGGCGGCGGAGUAUCUGGGGAAGGACGGCGUGGUGGAGCCGCCGUGGCUGAAUUACAUGAGGGAGUGGGGCCCGAAGAUUGAUUAUGACGUGGACAAGGAGCUGGCGAAGGUGAGGAAGUUGCUGCCUGGGACGCUGAAGAAAGAGUUUGAUAAGAUGGUGAGGAAUUUGCCCAAGGAGGUGCUUGGGGAAGAAGGGCCCACUGGGCCCAAAGUUAAGGCCAGCUGGAACGGUGAUGAAGCUUAG